UCUUAAGACAUUACUUAAGACAGUCUUGAAAUAAACCGAACCGAAAAUAGAACCGACUGAAUACCGGCCAUGGACAUAGGGAAGAUUCGAACCAAAAAUCUUGGACAUUACCGACACGAUCUUGGACAUUGUCUACAUAGUUCAAUGUUUACGUUUUGUGGACAUAAGUGGUAUUUCAAAAUAAAGUAACAGCUAAAUCCCGGGCAUGGCCGCUCUCAGGCUUCUCUCUGGGAAAAAGGUCAGAAAGUGGAUGCAACCACGUAGUGACGUAGUAUCUAAAUCAAAAAUGGACGUACUUGCGACAGUAUACGGAUGAUUUUUCAACACAUGUGAAUACAUGUGCACACGAAAAACGCUCGAAUCAUCGAAUUCGUCUCAGACAGAGCUCACUGGUCGUAAACGAUUUUGUCGUUGAUAUUUAGUUUAUAAAAUGGAAAGUUUGUGAAAGAUUGUAAAAGAUGGUCAUAGCGAUUGGAUUCGAAGGUAGUGCGAAUAAAUUGGGUGUAGGAAUAAUUCGCGAUCAACACAUAUUAUCGAACGUACGACAUACCUAUGUUACUCCACCAGGAGAAGGUUUUCUACCUCGAGAAACAGCUGAACAUCAUAGAAAAUAUAUAUUACAAGUUUUACAAGAAGCCUUACAUGAUGCAAAAAUUAAUCUGAAGGAUGUAGAUAUAAUUUGUUAUACAAAAGGACCAGGAAUGGGAGCACCAUUGACGAUUACUGCUGUAGUGGCUAGGACUGUUGCUCAAUUGUACAAUAAACCUAUAAUCGCAGUUAAUCAUUGCAUUGGCCAUAUUGAGAUGGGACGUUUAAUUGCUGGUACUGAAAAUCCCACUGUUUUGUAUGUUUCUGGUGGAAAUACUCAAGUUAUUGCAUAUUCUCAACAAAGAUAUCGUAUCUUUGGUGAGACAAUUGAUAUAGCAGUUGGAAAUUGUCUGGACAGAUUUGCAAGACUUUUAAAGCUCUCAAAUAAUCCUUCCCCUGGAUAUAAUAUAGAGCAGUUAGCAAAAAAAGGUGAGAAACUGGUACUGCUACCAUACGUCGUGAAAGGGAUGGACAUAUCAUUUUCUGGUAUUUUAAGUUACAUGGAGGAACAUCUUUCUGAAUGGCUUGAUACAAAAGCAUUUACUCCUGAAGAUUUAUGUUUCUCUUUGCAAGAGACUGUAUUUGCCAUGCUCAUCGAAGUUACAGAGCGUGCAAUGGCACAUGUUGGAUCAAAUGAGAUAUUGAUCGUGGGUGGUGUGGGAUGCAAUGAAAGAUUGCAGCAAAUGAUGUCUAUCAUGUGUAAGGAAAGGAAUGCAACUCUUUAUGCGACAGAUGAACGGUUCUGCAUAGACAACGGUGUUAUGAUCGCAGUUGCUGGUCUGCUUCAAUACAAAAGCAAGGGUGGUAUUCCUUGGACACAAACUACUUGCAUUCAAAGAUAUCGAACAGAUGAUGUACAUGUCUCCUGGAGAAAAUAA